CCUAAAUUUUAAAGCCUCCAGAAGGCAUCACUAAAUUAUGUCACCUUAUAAUCACUGCCGACGUCACCGUGCCAAAUGGCAUAGUACGAUGUUUUGGUUCACCUGUCGUGGCAUCGACAAUCCUAGGAAGCAACAGUAGCUUAGGCCUUCUGUUAGCCUAAGAAAUGACUCUUUGUUCAGUUUCUCGUGCCAGUUUUGACCUAAUCACUCUACCUUAAGCCAGGGCAUCUUUUUUUUGGAGUAUAAAAGCACUUCGGUGAGAACUUGAAGUCUGUCGGUGUGAGUCGGCCAGAGAUAGAAGACAGUAGAAGAGUCCCAAACUUUAUCAGCAACUGAAAGAAUAAGGCUAUACAACAACACCCAAAAAAAUGGCAGAUCAAUGGGGAGAUGCGAUGUUCGCAGCCCGGCGAAGGGGAGACGACACAACGCGGGAAGCGGCCUUUGUAUACACCAACAGCAAUAACACCAAGGAUCCCUUUGAGGGACCCAACUAUCACAUUGCCCCUCGAUGGGUGUACAAUGUUGCAACACUCUGGAUGUUCUUUGUGGUCGUCGCCUCAGUCUUCACCAAUGGCCUGGUGCUGGUGGCCACAGCCAAAUUCAAGAAGCUCCGUCACCCUUUAAACUGGAUCUUGGUCAACCUCGCUAUAGCUGAUCUUGGAGAGACUCUUUUGGCCAGUACCAUCAGUGUCAUCAACCAGGUUUUCGGUUACUUUAUCCUCGGACACCCCAUGUGUAUUUUUGAGGGCUAUGUGGUCUCUACAUGUGGUAUCGCUGGUCUGUGGUCUUUGACUGUAAUCUCAUGGGAGAGAUGGGUGGUCGUCUGCAAACCAUUUGGAAAUGUCAAGUUCGAUGGUAAAUGGGCAUCUGCUGGAAUAAUUUUCUCCUGGGUUUGGGCUGCAUUCUGGUGUGCACCCCCCAUCUUUGGGUGGAGCAGGUAUUGGCCUCAUGGUCUUAAGACGUCCUGCGGUCCUGAUGUCUUCAGUGGAAGCGAGGACCCUGGUGUUCAAUCUUACAUGAUUGUACUGAUGAUCACCUGCUGUAUUCUCCCUCUAGGCGUCAUCAUUCUCUGCUACAUUGCUGUGUGGUUGGCCAUUCGUGCUGUCGCUCAGCAGCAGAAAGAUUCUGAGUCUACACAGAAGGCAGAGAAGGAAGUGUCCAGAAUGGUGGUUGUCAUGAUCCUGGCCUACUGUGUUUGCUGGGGACCUUACACGUUCUUUGUAUGCUUUGCAUCAGCAAACCCAGGCUAUGCCUUCCAUCCAUUGGCGGCAGCCAUGCCAGCCUACUUUGCCAAGAGCGCGACCAUCUACAACCCCAUUAUCUACGUCUUCAUGAAUCGACAGUUCCGUGUGUGCAUCAUGCAGCUCUUUGGAAAGAAGGUGGAUGAUGGUUCUGAGGUCUCCACAUCCAAAACAGAAGUUUCCUCUGUGGCUCCUGCAUAAGCCACACAUCGAAUCUCAGAGCAAGGAACCUGAGCCAGAUCACGUUGGAAAUGAGAUCAAAAUGGGACUUUUUAUAUUCCUUGUUUGCCCUCACCAUUUGACGACUACGCUUCCAGAUAUUUCCCCCAGAGAGAUGAGGAAUGCAUUGUUGCAUGGUAGUGUGUGUGUUCAAACAUUACUUUCUCUACAGCCUGCUGUGGGGCAUACGAUCCGCAGAAAUGACUUCAAGAAAUGUUACAGUUUUGAUAGCAUUCAAUUUUCCACACAGUCACUAGCCGCUUUGGCGGCUAUGCGACACUCCAACCAACAGUGAAAACAAAUCACCUCAUAUUGUACAAAUGUUUUUGGCUUGACUUUCAAUGGUGAUGUAAUGUCUCUGUAACCUUAAUUUUGUAGCCAUCUUGCAAGAAAACAAAAAUGACAAAAAAAGUUAUAGAUAGAUGCCUGCCCAUGUACAGCAUGUAAUAUGGUUCUAUUUUGAUGAAAAUAAAAAAAAACAAGCACAAUAAAAACAAAGUGUUCAUUUAUUUUGAUCUCUUA